CAGGGACAUGUGCUGGGAAAUUCCAGCACGUCCCUCUGUCCAGAUAGCAUUGUGUGGAGGUGCAGAUUAAGUUUCUGAGUGUCCUAAGCAACACAAAAUGAAGAACUAACUCUUUCUACUCACCCUUGUCUGGCCUGAAAAGGGAACCAGCACUCAGGUCCUAGUUCUUGAUGUUUAAGAAUUGGAUUGGGAUCUGAGGGUGCUGGUGCUGGUAUCUGUUCGGGCAGUCUGCUACUAUCACAUAUCACAUGUCCACUUGGGGAUUAUUUUUAAAACCAUGCCUGUCAUAGAGGCAAGCUCUGUUUUCCCCAAUACUGUACCUGUGCAGGAAGUUCUGGGUGUAAGAUGGUGCUCUUCCUUGAGCUACACGGGGAAGCAUGUUUUCUAGUUCCCUUCCCUUCUCUUUCUUUCUGCUUUUUCCCCUUAGGUAAACAUAGUGCUAACAACCAGCCUUCCUGUUGCAGGAAGUACUUGUUGGUUCCUCUUUGGAUUUAUUCACCUUUCUUCUCCUCCGUGUCUUUCUAGGUGGUUUUUCCUCCAGAAUCCCCGCUCCCCCCAAGGAGGAUGGUCUCUGUUCCAGCCUCUCCCCUGCUCCAGCCUUCCAAAGAAGCUGCAAAGACAGUCCCUGCUAGCGCUGUUCCCUCUCAUGUCUCUGGCCCUGCGUCUCUACCCCCACUCCCCCCUCAACCUUCCCAUGUGCCAUCUACCCCAGCUCCUAGUCCAGUCUCCUCUUCCUUCAGCUUGGCUCCCCAGCCUCUCUUCCAGUGGGAAACUUCUGAUGAUGAUUAUCACGAGCUUUCUGUUGUGGGCACCCCUCCUUCUGAAGAUCCUAGGCAUUCCUGUUCUCCCCAGACCUGGACCCCUAGCACCAAGACAGUUGUUUCUGUUGGCUGUCAGACUGAAGAUGACGCUUUCUUCCCACAGGUGACCUCUGCUCCUCCCUUCGUCCGCAGUGCCAAUCUGCUGGCUGCUCAUGCACCCCUGGGCCCCCCCGCCCCUGUGAAGUUCAUGGCGCAGGGGAAAGCCGGGAGCAGCUCCCCUCCAUCCACAGCCUCCAAGCCUGGCAGUCAGCUGGACACCAUGCUGGGAAGUCUCCAGUCUGACCUGAACAAACUGGGUGUAGCUACAGUUGCCAAAGGUGUCUGUGGAGCCUGCAAGAAGCCUAUUGCUGGGCAGGUAGUUACAGCCAUGGGGAAAACCUGGCACCCUGAGCACUUCGUCUGCACCCACUGCCAGGAGGAGAUCGGAUCGCGAAACUUCUUUGAGCGGGAUGGUCAGCCCUACUGCGAGAAGGACUAUCACAACCUCUUCUCCCCUCGCUGCUACUACUGCAAUGGGCCGAUCCUUGAUAAAGUGGUGACGGCUUUGGACAGGACAUGGCACCCUGAACAUUUUUUCUGUGCCCAGUGUGGAGCUUUCUUCGGACCUGAAGGAUUUCAUGAGAAGGAUGGCAAAGCCUAUUGCCGCAAGGACUACUUUGACAUGUUUGCUCCCAAGUGCGGAGGCUGUGCCCGGGCUAUCCUGGAAAACUACAUCUCUGCCUUGAACACCCUGUGGCACCCUGAAUGCUUUGUCUGUCGGGAAUGUUUCACACCAUUCAUCAAUGGCAGCUUCUUUGAGCAUGACGGGCAGCCCUACUGCGAGGUGCAUUACCAUGAGCGCCGCGGCUCGCUCUGCUCUGGUUGCCAGAAGCCUAUCACAGGACGCUGCAUCACUGCUAUGGGCAAGAAAUUUCACCCUGAACACUUUGUCUGUGCCUUCUGCCUCAAGCAGCUCAACAAAGGAACCUUCAAAGAACAGAACGACAAGCCCUACUGCCAGAACUGCUUUCUCAAGCUCUUCUGUUAGAGUUGUCAUAGAUGGGCGCUAAGCAUCUUUCUGCCACCCCCGUGGCAGUUCUGUCUCUCUGAACAUUACUGUGAUUUAGAAACUUUACCAGGCAGGGGAGGAGG